AUGCAACGGCUUUGUGAUCUUAAAUCUUCUCUCUUCCACAAUAAUGGAAUUUUACCUUUACCUUGGAACUGUUGCUACUACAAUCUUCAUGCUUUUGGAAGUGUUAUAGGAAUAGAUCUCAACUUAUUUCAGAAUAAGGACGUAUUAAAUAUAAGUGAUAAAGGUUUUGAACGAAUGUCUAAUCUCCAUUAUAUCAGAUUCAGAGAUUUUGGUAACCGUGACAGACUGUGCUUACCUCAAGGUUUGACCUAUAUGCCUCGAAAACUUCGAUCACUAAAUUGGACUUUUUUUCCAAUGACAUGUUUGCCUUCUAAAUUAAAUCCAAGCUUGAGAAGUUAUGGAAAGGAAAUCAAUUACUGUUCAAAUUUGGUGAAACUUCCAUCAUCUACAGGAAAUGCCAUCAAUCUUAAGGAGUUGUGCCUUAUCCAUUGCUUAAGCCUGGUGGAAUUUCCCUCAUUUAUUAGAAAUGCUACUAAUCAAAAAGAGUUGGGUUUUACUCAUUGUUCAGGUUUGGUGGAGCUCCCUUCGUCAAUUGGGAAUGCCACUAGCCUCAAGAAAUUGUCUCUUUAUGGAUGCACAAGUCUGACAUGCUCAUGA